AUGGAGGCGCCUGCGAUUACCGUUACGGCCUCAUCUUUUCCUGAGGCCUUACCUCAGCCUCUACCAGUCUGCUCACUAUGCCAUCGUCGCAAGGUUGGAUGCGAUCGCCAAUACCCAUGCAGCAACUGUGUAAAGCAGGAACUGAUUGAAGUCGUUCAGGUCGGCGCUUUUUGCAGACCAAGGUCACCCCCUCCACCUCGAAAGAAGAGGGGUCCAAAUCCUGACUUGCUGGCGAGGCUCACCCACUGUGAGAAGCUCCUUGAGGAAUACGAGGCAGCUAGCAAGCAAGAAAUACCUUCUUCUUCGUCAUCUGCUCGAGAGCCAGGUGUUGGUCCCAAACCAAUAGGGACAGGCAAGCUUGUGCUGGGAGAUGGAGUGGUUAACUUUACCGACAGUCCGAGGUGGGCUGCUCUCCACGAAGAGCUUGGAGCGAUGCGCGAGUUAGUCGACGUGGAUCACAGCAAACUAUCACCUCCACAGCCAGACGACAGCUUAGAUGACGAAGGUGUAUCGCCAGAUUCCGAUACCGAACAUGAGUUUCGUUUUCUUCCCAGUCAAAUCUUUUAUCUUUGGAAAGUGUUCAUAAAUCGAGUUCACCCAGUCACCAAGAUCCUCCAUGCCCCAUCCACACAACUCCACGUGGUUGAAGCAGCUUGCACAUCUGGCAGCGACCUGUCAGACACGACUCAAGCCCUGCUCUUUUCCAUCUACAACGCCGCCUUGCUUACCCUCUCAAAUGACGAGUGUGUAGAGUUUCUGGGGCGACCUAAAAGACAGGUUUCUCAGUCUUGUGCCAAGGCUCUACGACUUCGCCUCCGCCGAGCCAACUUUCUCAGAUCAGGCAGCUUGACGACUCUUCAGGCUCUGGUGCUUUACUUGUUUUCUAUUCAAGACCAUCAUGACACACAUGCCACUUGGAUAUUCAGCGGCAUCUGUGUCCGCAUAGCACAAAAGAUGGGCCUCCACCGAGACGGUGAAGCACUUGGACUACCGCCUUUCGAGACGGAAAUCAGACGUCGCUUGUGGUGGCGUAUCUACAUGCUGGAUGCCCGCUGUGGUCUUAAAUCAGGGUUGGGGCCAUCCAUGAUGCCCUCACUUGGUGACUGCAAGAUGCCAACAAACCUAAACGACUCGGAGCUUCACCCUGGCUCAACCGCGUAUUUCCGAGAUAGAGAUGGUCCCAGUGAGAUGGCUGUAUCCUUCUUGAUUUACAGCAUGGGCAAACUUCUUGCAGAAAGACCGAGCGUCGAAGCUAGCGUGAUCCAACAUGAAAUCGACAUCACCAGUGCUCUCCCUCAAACACCAGAUCGAUUCACGGAGCUACAAAGCCUGGCCAAGGAAGUCGAAGGCAGACUCAACCAUGUUAUGGACCGGUUCGCAGACCCUUCGGAUCCAAACAUCUACCAACUGGCAGGCCACGUCAAAGCCCAGAUACUCAGCAGAGUGCAUAUCAUGGCCUCCAUGCCUCCAGGGCAGCUGGGUAAUAUGAGCUCUCAGCCUUUGAAACCGGCCGAAAAGCUGUUCCUAGUUGCUGUCAGAGUGUUUGAGCAAUCGGUUAGCCAGUAUGAGGCAUUUGAACGGAUCGGCUUUCUCUGGUAUAUGAAGAUGCACUUUCAGCUGGACCUUUUUGCUUUCAUGGUCUCUCAGCUAUCUCGGCAACUAGCGGGCGACAAAGUUGAAAAGGCCUGGGAGCUAGUCUCCAAAGUAUAUCACUAUCACGAGGAGUUGUUCGAUGCCUCAGAAAAGUCGAAUCUGGCUCUGGCAGCUGCUAUCACUUCGGCGUGGGAAACAAGGCAUGGGCCCAUUUUCGCCAGAUUAGUACAUGAUGUCCAAGCGCCAGCCUACAUACAAAGACUCGGUACAAUGGUCGCUGUCGAUUCCGCUGCUCUUACCAUGGCAUCUGUGACUCUAUCUGAUGUGGUUGGGGAUAAUCACACUGAACUUGCGCCGCCGUUGGACGACUUCUCCUUGGCGCUCCUCGACCCUUCAGGUCCGGGUUUCCAGUUUCCUGGAAUGUUUUGA